ACAUUUCUUGGUUUCCAUGUCACCCUCCCUGACGUGGACUGAUGCGGCUUCCGUAGCAGUGUGAGUAGUCGGGCAGUGACGCAGAAGCGCCGAACGGGCAGAACUCUACUAACUGACAAGAUGGCGACAUCGGAGCCGAAAGCACCUGAAACUGAAGAUCAACCGACUGAAAGCCAAGUCGUUGCGAACCCUGAGCAGUAUAUCAAGCACCCCUUGCAAAACAGAUGGGCCCUUUGGUAUUUCAAAAACGACAAGAGCAAAAGCUGGACAGAGAACUUGCGUCUCAUUUCCAAGUUUGACACAGUGGAAGACUUUUGGGCAUUAUACAACCACAUACAGCAACCAAGCAAACUUGGCUUUGGCUGUGAUUAUUGCUUAUUUAAGGAUGGGAUUAAGCCCAUGUGGGAGGACGACAGGAACAAGCUGGGAGGCCGAUGGCUGAUGACUCUCAAUAAACAACAGAGACACAACGACCUUGAUCGCUACUGGAUGGAGACGCUCUUGUGUUUAGUUGGCGAGUCGUUUGAUGAGGCAAGUGAAGAUGUGUGUGGUGCCGUGGUCAACGUCAGACCCAAAGGUGACAAAAUAGCCAUCUGGACGAGCAACUGCCAAAACAGGGAUGCCAUCAUGACGAUAGGGCAAAAUUACAAAGAGCGCCUGAACAUCUCCAUCAAAGCCUUGAUCGGCUACCAGUCACAUGACGACACCUCCAGCAAGAGCGGAUCCACCACCAAGAACAUGUACACCGUUUGAACGACCCCUGUUUCAACUUGCUGUAGAUUUAAACAAUUACCAAUCCGCAUCAUCAUAUUAAUAAUUUUUUUUGAGUUGUCAACUACUGUAGUGUCCUUUCCUUUUACUGAGAAGAGAAUCAUUCAUAGUGUGUACAGUUGGAGCCUCCCCCGAAAAUGAGAUAUCAGUGGAGUGGUUUUCAUGAAUAGGAGGAGGCUGGAAAGGAGAAGAGCAUUUGGAUGGAGAUGUUGUACAUGAGCAUCAGCAAGAGACCACAAAGGAUAACCUUUUUACAAUUGAAAAGUAAUAAUACCAGUGACCUCCCCUAGCUUAAGUGAGAACAAGCUUUUUUCUGAACUGUCAAAUGGCUUUACGUUGCAAAAAACAAAAAGAGAAGUUUCCUAAUGAUAAAGCCUUGUGUUUUUCUCACUCCUUACAAAAAGUGUUCCUCACCUCACAGGAAAAUAUGGUAGGCAACUUAUCCUUUCACGGAACAAAUUUUAAAGGCAAUUUUAACUUGAUUUAUCCAGAAGUGUUAAGCAUGAGUUAGACUCUCAGACGCACCCGUUUGAAGAAUGUAGAGUAUCUUGAAAGUUCGUAAAAAGCUGUGGUCCCACUCCAAAGUGUAGGGUUUGGAUUGAGGCCACUUAUUGUUUCAGCCAUGCUGGAAUUGUGGAAUAUUGCUUGUAUUACUAUAACAUUUUUUUCUUCUUCCCCUUACAUUUAUUUAUAAUGUAUUCAUUGCAGUUGAACUAAUUAGUUAAGACAACCAUGAAAUUCGUGUUUUUUCAAAUUUGUUAUUUUUUUCUUUUUUGUUAUUGAGGUUAAUAAUGUGGACUACUGCAUAUAGAUGACAUUUUUUACAGUGUACCAUACAGUAAAGAUGCUGACAGACUUAGGUGUGCUUUUCACUGUUUUCUUCCUAACAAAAACUGUAGAUAAUAUCGCACUCCUCUCUCGGUUGAUGCAUAGGAAAGAUGAUAUUCAUUGUGAAAUGACUGCUCAUAAUGUAUCUUUAUUAUCUGUAAUUCCAGGAUGUAUAUUACCUUCUUUCAAGUAAAGGUUAAGUGCUUUGCAUUAAAACCAGAACCACGUUG